AUGAAUAACUGUGAGAACUCUAGCGCGAGCACAAAGCUACAGGGAUCCAAAAGCUCUGAGCUUUGGGAAGAGUCCACAAGCAGCCCGAGCAUCAAGCCUGGAGAAGAGACGGCGGAUAAGCUUGAUAAAAAAGCUAGUAAAUUGAACAAGGGUGAGAGUGAUACUAAUUCAAGUUCUGCAAACGAUUCUGGUGUACCGAAAGACACACUGGUAAUUUGUCCAAGAAAUUCUGAUCGAGUUGUAGAAUUGCCAGGUUUUACGCGCAUCAAACAACGGUCUGGUGGUAGCAAUACUCGGUAUGUAUUUCAAAUGGCUCGAGGAAACAACAGCGGUGAACGGGUUCGUUCUGGACAGCGAGGAAGGCCGUUUAAGAAGAACCAAACUGAUCGAGAGUCAAACAGUGAAGGAGGAAGCUAUCACUCGACGUCUAGACAAAAAUUUCAAGAAUCGUUGAAAAAUCAUGAUAAUACUCAGAAUAAAUACUACGAUGAUAAACGAUUAAACGAUGAAUCAAGAGUCACUAAACUUUUACGGCGGCUCUGUCGAGAAAGCGAUGACCAUUUUUUACCUCUUUCAAAACAAGUUCUGGAGAACUUUAUGAUUCCUGAAAAUCACAGAUAUAUUAGGAGUAAAUUGGAGCCACUUUGUGAAUACCUUCAUGAUGCUUUAAGAUUAAGUCCAGAUGCUGAGUCCCAGAAACAAGUCAUCAAAUGUUUAGCUUACGUUGGUUUUAUCGCUGAUCGUGAAUUCAAAAGAUACUUGGAGUGGAUUUUUGGAAAGUGCUCAACUGAACGGAAAGACGAUAUUAAAUGUUUGCUGUUAAAAUCACUGGGAGAAACUUUAAAGAUGGAUAAUAGAAUGGAAAAGUUCAAUGAUUUUGCCGCGACGAUAAUUUCUCGGCUACAAGCAACGUUGGAAAAUGUCGAAAGACCAGAUUUACUUAUGGCGACAGUCGACGUCAUACUUAUUGUCAUUGAAUCCUGUCCAGAAAUAUUUUCAAAUUACUUUCGUGACACUGUAGAUAUUUUAGUUGGUUGGCAUAUUGACUUUACCCAGUCAAAAAAAGUAAUUGCUUAUGCAAGUCGCAGUCUAAGAAAACUCGAGACAUUUUGGAUUUCCGAUAUGCAGUUUACUUUGACAUUGCUGAGCCAAUUUCUCGAAGACAUGGAGAGUUACGAUGAAGAACUUACACUACCUAGUUCCGGAAGAAGUUCUCCAGGCGACGAACCAAUACCUGGACCUAAAGAGUGUAUUUUAAGAAUAUCCUCACUGAUUUCAGUGUUUAACACCGUGGUCAAAAGUGUUUCUGACAAUCUUAAUCCGAGUAUCAAUCCAACAGUUCAGUGGAGUUUUUUAACCGAGUGUUUGUUAAAAAUGUUGAGGACUGUAAUGAAGGCUAUUGAAGUUGAUGAAAAUAGAGACGAGAAUAAUGAUGUACAAGACGAAAAUUGCAGUGACAAUGUUGAAAGUUUAGUUGAUUAUGUAAAAGAUAUUAAAUUAUCCCAAAAAAAUAUUGAUACGUUAAUUAAAAAUGUUAAUCAAGACGGAUAUAGUAACAAACAAAAUUUAAUAAAAGCCAUAAAGUCUUUGAAUUACAACCAAAGAAACGAAAGAAGAAAUUCUUUCUACCGUCUAAAUUCUUCUUUAGACAAAGACAAAGAGCAGAUAUUAAUAAAGUUAAUAAAAUCUUUAGAAUUAAAAAAAGAAAAUAAAAAAGAAGAUGCGUCCCGUGAAAAAGAAGAAUUAAUAAUUGUUGCAAACGAGUGCGCUUAUCAUCUUCUUGGAUUUAUUCAAACAAGAAUUACAAACAACCACGAUUUACUUUACGAGUUUAUUGACCUUCAAUUAAGCAAAGUGUAUAUUUUUCUAGACGAUACUAUUAUUUCAACCCUCCAGAUAAUUUCAAAGGUUAUCAGAGAAGUAUCAGCGAAUCUCCCGCUGGAAAUAGUACACAAACUUCUCGGCAGUGAAUCUGUAUUAUUAAAAUUACGACUAAGAAAUUCAAUAGCUCUUCAAGAAGCUAGCCUAUCAGUUUAUCACAGUCUUCUGGGAUUAAAAAAUAUUCCUUUGCUCCAAGAAGCGUAUCGUUACAUACUCAGUGAUCUGGAGAUUGCUUACAAAUUGAUCGUCAAAAAUUUCCAAGGCUUUGUCACUAACAACCCUCUUAAUGAAACGAGUUACAACCCCGAGGACGCUGAAAUAAUAAUUAUCUUCAUUCUUCGCGCUCUGUCAGACUUGGCCAAUGCCAGCAACUCAAUAAUCGGGAUGUGGGCAUUGAAACCGAGUAUUUUAGAGCUUCUGGCUGUUAAAAUGUGUCCUUACGAUCCAAAUUUAUCCCAAAAAAAUCCACUUCUUCAGUACAGUAUCUUAUAUUUACUAUACGCUCACUCUUCAAGAUACAAUCACUUUGUACCAAGUUCAAAUUUGAUAUCAGGAUCUAACAAUUGUCGCGCAAUUGAUAUGUUCCCAGGAGCUCUGGAUGUACCGACAGCUUCACCAACAAGCGGUCACUUGUCAACAAUUUUAAACCUAAUUGUAAAAUGUUUUGAAACAAACACACCCGAAAAAACAUUUUUAUUAUUAUCAACUUGGGUCCAAGAAAUAUUUGUCCAAGCGGAAAAAUAUUUGGGAAUUCUCAACCAAACUGAGGAAUGUAAAAUGAUUGUCUCAAGUCUUAUGUCUUGCGGAGCGACUGCUAAUCACAAAAUAUCCCUGUCAAUUUGCAACAAUUUGGAGAUUUUGAUAAGCGACAAGAAAGUUUUAUGGCCCGAGUCUGUUUAUAUUAAAAUUGUAGAUCUAGUAAUUCUGCACUUAACCUCUUAUGAUAAAGCUGUAAGAAGUAAAUACGGAAAUUUAUUGAUGAAUUUACCGAUUAACAUCGUAAUACCGAGAAUAAAUAGGCAGUCUCUUCAAUCCGAGACCAAGAAACAACGAACGAUUGAUAAUUAUUCUAUUGAAUCUCUUGUAAUUGCCCAAAGACUUCACAUGCGAGGUUAUCAAAAUGAUACUAGCAUUAGUUCUAAUCCCAGUAACUCUUACGGAGAAAUGCAGUCUCAGCACUUUAAAACUUACAUGGCUUUUUUACUCCAAGAUUACAAUUUUGACGCUUUGGGUUUGUCUGAAAUAUUUACCUUGUGCUGCCCAGUGGUAGCUCGUAACAACACUAGCGCAAAAAUGUACGAAUUUGGAAUGACAAACCAGUCAUUUUUAUUUUUCUGGAGCGGGCUUGAAGCUGCGCAGCACUGUGUUUUAAAUAAAUUAAGAACAGCUUUGGGAAAACCCCAAGAAACUUUUACUACAAUCGAAGGAGCGCUUAAGACACUAGCCCGAGAUAUUUCUUGCAAGCCAGAAGUUUCUAAAAAUGACAAACACGGGUUGGAUUAUUCUCUUCAUGAGCAUACAAGAGUAAGAUUGUUUGUUGAGUUUUUGGAACAUUUGGAAAGAAUGAUUCACAAUGCAGCGGAAGGCUGCGCUGUGUCCUUGCUGCCUCUUCCAAAGCCAGUAAGAACUUUUUUCCAUACAAAUAAAUCUACUUGCAGAGAAUGGUUGAACCGGAUACGUCUAGCUCUGUGUGUUGUGUCUCUCCACGCGGGUUUGGCUACAAAUGCGCUGAGAAACGGACAGCGAUUGCUCGAGGACUUGAGCGAGAGUGAAAUGGUGCAGGGGCCUGAAUUUGAAAGAGCGACUCUUUGCACGGCGCAAGCUUUAGUGAUGCUAGGAGAAGCAGAAGCUCUUCAGGGGCUGUAUAUUUACACCAAGGAGUGCGACAGAAAAUUCUUGUGGCUCAAAGCUGCGAUGGAGGAAGCUGCGGGGAGGUAUGAGAGCGCUGCGGAGAGCUAUAAGGUUAUUUUAAAGGAACACCCUUCGGUAAAAGAAGAAUCUGAGGCAAGUGAAUUGGUUAAAACUGAUGGAGAUACUCAGGUUGCGGUGUUUGUCAUGCAGCGGCUUGCUAGAUGUUACUCUGCUGUUGGAGAUUGGGAACAGUUGGAAGCCUGGAAGAUUUCUGAGGCUGAGAUUCUUAAGAAAGAAAGCAAUGAAAUUUUAAAGAGACAAAUGCAGACUCAUUCUAACUCUAAGCAAGCUACUUGCUUGAAAGAUUUUGAGUUAGGAAAGGUUUCAACGCUUGAGAAAUUAUCUGACUGGACUCUUUUGGAUGAAAAAGCUACUACUAAUUGGAGCUGCUCUAAAACUAUCGCAGAGUGUUCUAAUACUUUGACAAAUGUCGCUUUAAAAUUACACGCUGGUAAAAGCAGUGAUGGGUUCCGUAAAAAUGUCGAGUAUUGCAAAAAAGUUGCGGCUAAAAUAAUUGAAGAAGGUUUACGUAAUAUGCCUUCAGAGUAUUUAACUGAUUCUAUUCUUCUCCAGUAUUCUGCUUGCAGUCUGGCUAAUCUUCUAGAUCAUAAAAAAGUCGACAUGUUUGAUCUUUCUCGUGUUACUAAAAUAAAAAACCUGGGAGCUAAUACAAUGACACAAAUACUCUGGUGGUCUGAAUAUUUGGCUAAAACACCGGAAAAUUUAUCAACUGGUGAGCAAGUUGCGAGUUUGAGAUUAGAUUUAGCGAAAAAUGCCCGCAAAGAGGGUAAUUUUAAAUUAGCUAAGCGGCAAAUUGAAAAAUACUUUGCUAAUGAACACCUUUUAGGAGAAUUUGAUUAUAAAUUUGCUGAUAUAACUGCAAGUAUCUUGGAGCAGCCGGUAAAUAUCACUUGGAGUAAAAAUAACAUGCGUGCUUUUAAGGAGAUGUCUAAAUUGUUGUACACUAUGGAUUCUAUUGAAAACGCGGUUAAGGUUUGCAGUGUCACGGCUUUAGGAAUAUCAAGAGCGAUUAUUAAUGACGGAGAUGAGAUAAAUGAGUUGAGAGAAACGGGGACUAAAUUGAUGCUUACUUUGGGCAAGUGGAUCCAACAGCAAGAAAUAAAUGUCACUAACAACGGACAACUGAAUCAACUGCUUCAAUUCGAGGCUCUGCAUAACGACGGGUUAAUGGACAAAUUAUUUGGGCAAACUACAGAGCUUAUUCCGCAUUCAGAUAUGGUAAUUGGAAAGCUAAUGCAAUUGGGAGUGAAUCAAUGCCCGGAUUUUCCGAGCGUCUGGGCGAAUUUUGCUGGCUGGUGCUACAAGUGGGGACGUAAAAUAGUCGAUAAUUCCCAAUCUGGACAAUUAACAGAGGUAGAUGUAAGUAAUAUUCGUGCUCUUCUUCCAGAGGACAUCACAGAAGCAGACUCUAAUGCUAUUUUAUCAAUAUUGAGUCAAAAUAAAAGCAUUCCUGAAGAUGAGGGUGAUAUUGAGACAAAUGAUGUUAAAACUUCCGAUAUGAUAGAAAAUCAAUUGCGUCAAGUGCCGGCGCUGGUGCAAUCUUCUAAUCAACACUUAAGUCUGCUUGUUGACAUAUGGCGGCAAGCUCAAAAGAGAAUUUAUUCUUAUUACGAGCUUGCUGCUAAUGCUUACUUUAAAUUUUUGGAGCUGACUAACAAUGAGUCCAAUGAUUGCGCGACUAUUACAGCUACGUUGAGGCUUUUGAGGCUUAUUGUCAAGCACGCUCUAGAGCUUCAGGAUGUCCUGGAAACCGGAUUGUCUACUACACCCACCGGGCCUUGGAAAGAAAUAAUUCCCCAGUUAUUUUCAAGGCUAAGUCAUCCGGAGUCUUAUGUUCGUACCAGAGUUUCAGAGCUGCUGUGUCGCGUUGCUGAGAACAGUCCUCAUUUGAUUACCUUUCCUACUGUCGUAGGAGCUGUUACUGAGCACCCGAAAGAUUUCGAAGAGCUUCCAACCAGAUACGAAAAUUCACCAAGUGGUUUUGACUUUGAUGAAGACGAUAAUGAAGCAAUUGCUUUAUCUUCUACUGUAGUUGAAUCUGGUGAAUCUAAUGAUGAAAACAGGACUUUUAUGGACGCCUGCUUUGCUCAGUUGGCUGACUGUCUCUCCAAUGGCAACCACGACUCUGUAAAUCACGUGAAAAUCCUCGUUAAAGAACUGCGCAGGAUAACUCUGCUGUGGGACGAAUUAUGGCUUGCUACUUUUUGUCAACAUCACAGUGAAUUUUCUAAAAAGUUUGAACAUUUAGAAGUUGAAGUCCAAAAAGUCCAGGACAAUGUUUGGCUGAGUAAUGAAGAAAAGGAAAAAUUGAUCGCUGAAAAACACAGAAUUAUUGUCAAGCCAAUAAUAUUUGUCCUUGAAAAUCUGCUAGCCAUAACUUCUGUUCCUGCUGAGACACCUCAUGAAAAAUUUUUCCAAGAUAAAUUUACACCUUGUAUUGAAGAGGUUCUACGAAGAUUGAAAAAUCCGAAAAAUCCUGCCAAGCCGCAGUUGUCAUCAGCUUCUUUGAAACAAUUAGAAGGAAAAUUAGCUCAAAAAUUCAACAAAAGAGGAAACCAUACUUUAAAAAUGGCUGACAUAAGUCCUAUCCUAGCUAAUAUGAAAGACACAUGCAUCGCAAUGCCUGGAGUAUUUGCGACAACUCGUGAUAACAAAAUAAUUACCAUAAGAUCUGUAGACAACAUUGUUCAAAUUCUUCCAACUAAAACAAAACCUAAAAAAUUAAUGUUCCACGGAUCGGAUGGUCAUGUGUAUACAUAUUUAUUUAAAGGUCUAGAAGAUCUUCACCUAGACGAGCGUAUCAUGCAAUUUUUAAGCAUCUGCAAUACAAUGAUGUCCAAAAACAAUGAUACUAGAAAAGUUUACCGAGCUCGACAUUACUCGGUGAUUCCCCUGGGACCAAGAUCUGGGUUGAUUCAGUGGGUAGAUGGCGUGACACCCCUUUUUGCGCUUUAUAAAAGAUGGCAGCAGCGCGAAAGUACCAUGGCGGGAAGCCGCAAUACUGGAAAUUCCACCGCUGUAAUGAGACCUUCAGAAUUAUUUUACAAUAAAUUAGCUCCUUUGUUAAAAGAGCACGGAAUUCCGCUGGAAAAUAGAAAAGAAUGGCCGCUUUCUGUUCUAAAACAAGUUUUAUCAGAAUUAAUGGCAGAGACACCUAAAGAUUUACUGGCUAAAGAAAUUUGGUGCAACAGUAUCAACGCUGGGAAUUGGUGGCAAGCUACCAAAAGUUAUUCUUACUCCGUAGCGGUGAUGUCAAUUAUCGGGUACAUAAUUGGUUUAGGUGAUCGACAUUUAGAUAAUGUCCUGGUGGAUUUAAACACCGGAGAAGUAGUUCAUAUUGAUUACAACGUUUGCUUUGAAAAAGGAAAGACUUUAAGAGUUCCAGAGAAAGUUCCUUUUAGAAUGACUCCAAAUAUUAAAACAGCGCUUGGAGUUACUGGAGUUGAAGGAAUAUUCCGGCUGGCUUGUGAGCAAACCUUGAGAGUAAUGCGCCGAGGGAGAGAAACUCUUUUGACAUUACUGGAAGCUUUUGUCUACGAUCCUCUGGUAGAUUGGCGAGCUGGAGCCGAGCACAGCAUUGCAAGUUACGGAGUUUGUCAAGCGCGAGCCAAGUCAGCGGGAUUGGGGAAAAAAGAGCUGGAAAAAGAGCUCACUCGUGCGAUGUUCAACGUCAGGAUCGCUGAAAUGCGUUGUGAGUGGCAGAUCAACCGUGACUUGAUGAUCCGAGCGCUUCCAAUUCUUUCUUGCCAUUUAGCAGAGUGGCUUGAGACUAACGAGUCUCUGCGACAGUGUCAGGAUCUUCUGCAAGACCGUCAUCAGCAAUUAAGUCUUGUUAAAGAAGCUCAAGCUAUCGGGCGUAAUCACGCUCUUUACUCUGUCGUCAAUCGAUACAACGCCAUUAAAAGAGCCAAAGACGCUUACGAAAAAGCUCAAUUGGGAUUAAAAGAGAAGAUGGACGAGUGCGAAAAGCAGAUAAGUAUGCACAAUAUUGCUCUAGCAACUGUCAGAGGUCCUCAAUUAGCCCACUGGCUCGCGGAGUACGGAACUCCUUCGGUGACUCGAGAUGAUCAUAUGAUUUUUGAUCUUGUUAAAGAGUUUCUUCAAAAUGCGGGACAGAGCCAGAUGAUUGUCCAGUGCGAGCAGUCAGAAACUGAAUUAACCCAAUUAGCAAGCCAAGAAUCAUUAUUAAUUCGCACUUGCUUGGAUCUGCUGAGCCAAUAUUCAGCUAUUUGCAGUCUUUAUCCUUUAAGUAUUCUUGCGCAGCAUCGUACAGUUGCUUAUCACUCUCUAGCUGGUAAAUUAUUCACCACAAGAACUACUGAAGUUUGCAAUGAAGUUAUGACCCAGUUUGAUUUAACUUAUCAGUCUCCGGGAGUCAAUGAUUCUCGUGUUCAAAAAAUAAUGGCCUUUGCUUAUCAAAUUCAAGUUAUCAUGAGCGAAGUUAAGGAGAGAUACACAAAAAAUUACGAACGUAUGGUAGCUAAUGAAGGAUUGCCGGAUGCGCAAGUUAGAAUUGAACAAAUUUACACGGAAGCUAUCUCACAAAUAAAUGGAUUUUUAAAGAGAGACAAGGCGGCUGACAAAGCCUUGGAGUCGGUUAAUAUCACCGCGCUAUGUGCUUUAAAUAAAAGGUACCUGAUGAUGGAGGGAGCUGCCAAGUGUGCUGGUGAAUGCUUGGUAGAUUUAACGUUAAGAGAAGGUGAAUGGUUUCUGGAUGAAAUGCGAUUUAUGUCUUCCUUGAUUGUCGAGUUAACUUGUCUCAUACCAAUAGAUUUACAAACUAAUGAUUCUGAUGAUAAUCUUCUGAUCAAGCGGACGUUAGAGUGUCUCAAAAGUGCAGAUGCAAUUUAUAAGGGGCUUCAAGAGCUUAAUUAUAAUUUCCAGAUGAUUAUCUUGCCGGAGGCAUUGAAGACUAUCAUCACUGAAGAGCCGAGUGUCGUUGUGAUGAUCAAUGAAAUAGAAGAGAUUAUUAAUUCCGCUGGGCGACCUCUUGGGGAAAUUUUAGCACAGUUGGAGGUUUAUUUAAGGUGCACGUUGAUGGACAUGGAAGGACCACAAACUGUUGUACAGAUUAUUGUUGGAAAUAUAAGAUCAAGAUUUGAAGCUUUGCUGUCAAGGUCUGUUGAAGCUAAUCAAGAUUCUGAGUCGCUUACUCCCGGGCAGAUGCUGCUGAUGGGAUUCAAUGGGUUGUUUGAAAAGCUCCAGGUAGAAGGGAACACUCUGGUUGCGACUUUAGAGAGCCUGGAGAUCCCUACAUGCUGGAAAAAAAUUGACCAGAUAAGAGAAGCUAAGGAAAUUGCAGUUCCGAUUUUUCACGAAGAAGCUAGACGAGUUUUGGAUGAUAUUUUUUUGAUAAAAAGAAUUAGUACUAUCCAUGAAUUCUUUGGAAUGUGUCGGGAGAUUGCUAAUGCUUUUAAGGGAGCUGAGGGUAAUUUUAAUGUAUACGAUGAUGAGAAAUUGAAUAAGCCGGUGAAGAUUUUUACAGCUGAUUUUGUUUCAAGGCAGCUUUUGGGAGUUGUUUCUCAGACUCUGGCAAUUGCGAUUUGUCUUUUAUUGCAGAGAAUGGGGUUGAAUGUUACGGGAGAGAUUGAGCAGAGGGACAUUGGAGCGGAGAGCAAGGUUUCUAUUGAUGAAUUGUCUAGGAAGGUGGUUGAUGGUAGUUUGAAGAGUGGAAAAAUUUCGGGGACGCUUUAUGGACAAGCUGGAUCGUUGAUUAGUUCUUUGGAGAGUAUUUGGAGGAGGAAACAAUGCUCCAGAGUCGCCCAGCAAAAUGUUGAGAUAACUCGUGGAACACUUCAGAGGUUACAGAUUCAAUUUACAGCGCAUCAUUGGAUCCAUGAGGAUAGUUUGUUGUUAACUAGGACUAAUAUGAGUAUGAGUCCUUUGAAUCGGCCGAGUUUUAUGUUGGAGCUUAGGAAAACUGCCACGGCUUUGUCGGCUUUGCAGGCGAGAGUUUGUGAAGCUAAAGAUCAGCAGCAGAAUCUUGUGGCUAGUGUUGAUCAAAGGUUGAAGUGGGCUGCUGGUGCUAAUCCUGCUUUGGCGGAAGUUAUGGCUGCUUUUGACAACGCUGUCCAGUCUUCUAAUGAAAAACUCACUCGUCAGCAGAAUUUGGCUUUGAUUAUUACAACUACUUGCAAUUCUAUCCUGCACUAUGAAGCGUUGAGGACUAAAACUUCAGAAAGUAUUACGCAUGAUGCAAAUUUUAUGAAGUUGAUAAAACAGUGGGAAGAAAGUUGUAUAUUGCGUGCGAAUUUAGCUGUUAGUAUUUCUACUAUUGAAGAAAAUCUGGUGGAGUUGCUCCAGAUGGAAAAUAAUAUUGAUAAUAAUUGGCUGAGAAGGGCUGAGAAAAUUACCUCUGAUGCGAUUCUGGAAAAUCAAUUGGUGUUGAAGAAGAAACAGGAGUUACAUGCACUGACGCAUCUUCAUUUGAGAGAGAGGACUGCGGAUAUUCAGGGAUUACUUUCGGAACACCAUCGGCUGAUGACUGAUGUUAGGGGAUUGUUGAAAACUAUGUUGAAGCAGGAGAAUAAAUCUGGUCUGGAUGAAUUUUUGUCGGAGUAUAGGAUUUUUAUUGAGGGAAUUUCGGCGAUGAUUAAAGACUUGGAGGUGGAUAAUCUUGAGCCUUUGAGGGUUAUUGAAGCUGAAGGACAACUGGCUACUCUCGCGGGAAAAGUCGCCAGUGUUUAUGAUGAUCUUUUGGAGUUUGCUAAUGAGUCGAUGAAUAGUGGUAAAAUCAAGGUUGAGGAAAAUAUUGCGGUGAAGAAGAAAAUUAAAUUGAUUAAACAGGAUAUUAGCGAUCCAAAUCCAUCUCGCAAAUAUACAACAGCUGAGCAAGUGGAGUACGUAAUCCGUGAGGCACAAAAUUUCGAGAAUUUGGCCCUGCUGUACGAGGGUUGGACUCCGUGGGUGUGA